AUGUCGCCCCAGAGCUCACCAGAGGCCCUGAGCAGCCGGGUACCAGCCUCGCUCGAGGAAGCCCUGGUGAAGCUCCGGCAUGAUGAUCAUCAGCUGCACUUCGGCCACGACGACCACCCGUGGUGCUGGGACUUGGGCCAAGGAUUGGGGAUCACCCUCCUCCGAACGGCCAUGCGCGACGCACCGGCCAGACUGGCGGCCACCGCAACAGCCUCGGCGACCGCGCUACCCGACGCGUGCUUUCACUCAACACCAUCAUCGCCGCCGCCGCCGCUGCCGCCAACAGCCGCCACAAACCCUGCGGGCAACCGCACCGGACAGCCGGUGGCCCUCUGCGAUUUCUUGGCGCGCCGGCUCCACGCCGCCAUCGCCGCCGCCUCCCCCGCGGCGUCCUCGCACGGCAUCCGGUCCGACUACGACAGCGAGGCCGUCGGGCAGUUCGUCCUUGAAACGAACCGCGCCGCUGUUUCCGCCGCCACCGGCGCGGUGAGCGUGGUGUUUGAGGUCUUGCCGGCCCGCGGGGGCGGCGGCGGCGGAGCCCGGCAGCUGUGUGGAGGCGCACAGGAGCAACAGCAGGAUAGAGGUCGGGGGGCGGAGAUGGCGGAGGUUUUGCGUGGGAUUGUGAAGCAGGCUCUAUUGGGCUCCGUCCACCCGGGCGGGGGGUUGGACGCCGCUGCGGCCCGUGCACACGUUGAGAGCGUCGAAGACCAGAGGCACCUGCGUCGGCUCGUGGCGGCCAGCGACGGCGUGGCCUUCGUCGCGGACGGGUGCGUGCUGCCCCGGAGAGGGGGCUCCGACGACAGGCCCAUGGAGAUCUCGAGGGGGGCCGUCCCCUUCCGGAGCCCCGAAUCCCUCCGGGGCGAGUUCCGGCUGCCGCAUCGGGGUGUCGUCAAGGGGAUGCUCGUGCCGAGGGGGGUGACGGUGAUCGUCGGUGGCGGCUACCACGGAAAGUCCACCCUCCUGCGAGCGCUGGCCGUGGGCGUGUACGACAAGGUCCCCGGGGACGGGCGAGAGCUGGCCGUGGCGGACCCCGGCGCCGUGACGAUUCGGGCAGAGGACGGCCGACCGGUCUCGGCGGUAGACAUCUCGCCCUUCAUCUCCUCUCUCCCCUCGGCAGUCGCAGCUCCUCCUGCCCGCGCCGCCCCCGUCGGAGGUGUUGCGUCGGCUGCAGCCAGCGAAAACACGACAGCGGCUGGCGGCGGUGGUGCCGCCGUGGGCGGUGCCGAGGGCGGCACGGCAGAAACCAACGGCGGUAGCGGUAGCGGCAGCGGCGGCGGCGGAGAGGGAGUCACGACCGAGCGGUUCUCGACGGGAGCCGCGAGCGGCAGCACCUCCCAGGCGGCCAACGUCGUGGAGGCCCUGGAGGCAGGGGCGACGGCGCUGCUGCUGGAUGAAGACACCUGCGCCGGGAAUUUCAUGAUAAGGGACAGCCGCAUGAGGGCUAUGGUCAGCCAUGAGCCCAUCACACCGGUCGUCGGCAUUGGUGUGGUUUCUACCCAAUGAAACGCCUUUGCGCGCGCUUGGCGAGUGCUACACGUCGGCGGGGCGCCAAUCGAGCGCGGCUCGUGUCCUUGCCGCGAAAUUUUCCAAGCGGGUACGCGCGCAUAGACAGCACCUCCGCAAUUUCUACCUCAACUCGCUGCGAGUUCGGUUAUGUGACCAUUCCCAUGAAA